CAAGCAUUCCUGUGGACUCUUCUUUACUUCUGCUUCCAUCAGCCCACCUCCUGAGAAGUGGACCCCAUCCAGGGACUCUGAAUCCAUUGGGAGUCAGCUCCGUGCCUCAGAGUGAAUAAGUGAGUGGGAGUCAGCCAAAGCCGCAAGCACUUAAGGGAGGGAGGUGGGAAGUUUGGGGCCAGCGGUGAGGAGGUGGCAGCUCAGAGGCAAAGCUAAUUCACUGUGACAGAAAUCAGAGCUGUCAGGACCACCAUGACCAAGCAGCAUGGACAGCACAUAUCCACUCAAAGUCACAGCCAAGGAAACGGAACCAUGUCGGCAGCUCAGAGAAAAGGAAGACGGAUGUGCUGUGUUAGACACUUAAAAGAACGUAUUGCGUGUGUGUGUGUGUGUGUGGGUGUGUGUGUGUGGGUGUGUGUGUGUGUGUGUGUGUGUAAGAAAGACAGCAGGAAAAGCUACAAAUUCCCAUGAAAAACCACAAAAACAGGGACAACUUGCUGAACAUGUAAACCUCAAGUGCAAUGAUCACCACUUACACUGCCAUUAUUAAUUAUUAGACAACACGGAACAUUUGUGAUGAUAGUUUUUGUGGUUCUGCUCCUCUAGCUUUAGAUGAUAAGUGCUGAAAAACGUAAAAAAAAAGAAAAUAAAAGUGAGUUCAUUAUUUUGGAAUGUAGGGAAAAACGAUGCAGUAAGCAAAAAAAGAAAAGCCACCGGGCUCAUUAUUUAAUUAUGAGAGAGGGAGACAUAAACCUGGGUUUCUGACUGACACAUGGAAGGAGGAGGGAUUGUGGGAGAUUAAGUCUGCUCUGUGCUGCAUUUGUUGUAUGCUGCAAAGCACCACAGGAUGUUUGUCGAGCAGCACUCUUUUUGGGGGAAAUGAGGAGAAAGCAGCAGAAGGACCUUUGCUGAGGACAAAGGGAAGAAAAUCUAUUACUGCCUGAGACCGACGGAUGGAGGAUCUAGGAGGAAGAUCAGGAUUAUACUGAAGUGUGGCGGGUCAUCACUGUCGGGAUGAAACUUUAAAAGAGAAGGGAAAAAAGGCGCUGAAACGUUGGUGGUUCAUGUUACGGCUAAGCUUUUUAUUUGGAAUAUCUAUUUUCUUUCUUCUUGUUUUUUUGGAGGAGAGUAUGGAAUUUAAAAAGUGAGUCAGAAUACUGAUGUAUUUGGAAGAGAUAUGAACUUUUACCCUCAUUCAUAUCCAAAGAGCAGGAAAUCAGUUCAACGAAACAUCAGGAAAGACAAAUAUGUUCCAGAAAAAAAUACAGAAAUCCAACUUAAAGAGGACCUGACUUCCACCAUGACCUGCAGACAACAUCAAGGCCUUUUCCUGCUGCUGCUCUGUCUCGUUCCCAUUUCAGAGCAGAUCUGCCCGCCCAUGUGUCUCUGUCUAUCAGACACAGUAAGCUGCAGCUCAAGCGGUCUGGCUAAGCUGCCACGCUCCCUGCCUUCUUUCUCCGUCACCCUCAACCUCAGCCACAACCACCUGCCCUGGCUGGGUCCAAACAGCUUCAACACAAUGACUCGCUUGGAAAACCUCUGGCUGGCUCAUAAUCAGAUUAGCACACUGCCUCAUGGUGUGUUCCACAAUGUCUCUGGGAUCAGGUGUCUCGACCUGUCAUCCAACAAGCUCCGUGCCGUGGAGCAGCACUACUUCCAGGGGCUGUGGAGGCUGGAGGAGCUCCGUCUUUUCAACAACAAGAUCACGCGGAUCGAGUCCAGCACGCUGAGUGGUCUCAGCAGCUUAAAAAAGGUCUACUUGAGCCUCAACCAGAUCACGCACUUCCCCUUCUUCUCUAUCCAAGACCACAGUCAUCCAUUCCUCACCAUGCUGGACCUCUCCUCCAACCGACUGACUCAGCUGCCAUGGGAGGAUGUGAAGGCUCUGCCCAGCUUAGUGCAGCGGGAUCUCUAUCUGCACAACAACUCUCUGAUCUGUGACUGCUCCAUGUACAGUAUGUUUUGGCACUGGAAUCUCCGAGGUUAUGACUCGAUUAAGGACUUCAUAGAUGAACACACCUGCAACAUUAACGGGGACCCCCGAACGUCUAUCCAGUUCCUGCGCAAUAAUCGCUUCUUCCUGAACUGCACUGUGGAGAAAGCAAUCAUGCAGCCGGCUGCAGUUUUCCUCUCUGGCGUGAAGGUUUCAGAGGGAGACAGCGUGCGACUCGACUGCCAAACAUCCCUGAGUGGAACAGACGUCUCUUUCACAUGGCUUUCCCCAAACAGGGGCCUGAUCACCCAGACCAGCUUAAAUGACACACUAAUUAACAUGUUUUCAAACGGAUCCUUGGAGAUCCAAGCAGCCACGCUCAACGACUCAGGCCUGUAUCUGUGCACGGCCGUAGAUACUAAAGAGGCAAUAAAUGCAACUCGGGAGGUGAAGGUCACAGUGCUGCUGCCUGCAGAGGAGUCCUUCAACACUGGCUACACAACACUGCUAGGCUGCUUCGUGACCUUGCUCCUCAUCCUCUUAUACCUUUUUCUGACUCCCUGUCAGUGCAGCUACUGCAAACAGCCUGCAGCCACAUCCAACAGCAGCAACCUCCCGUUUGUUUUCUCCUCUUCCACCAGAGACCCUCCCAAUGUUGAAACUUUUAAGCAUGUAACAUUCAUGGAUCCCACUAGAUGUGGAGAAGCAACUGAGUGGGAAGAUGAAAGUUGAUACUGAACAUUAUGUUGAUUCUUCCCUUCUGCAGAACAAAACGCUUUUUGACUCAGAAAAAGUACUGAAACACAGUUGCAAUUAUACAAAAUGAACAUUAUUUUUAUUCUAUUCAUGGACAAUAGCAAUAGCGGUGCAGCAAAACAUGGUCAAUAUUGGAGCUAUCCAGUCGUUCCACAGUUUUGAGCCAGAUUCCUGAACAGACGAGGAAAACAAAGACGUCUACAAGCACAUGCAUCAAAAUGGAGCAGAGCAGGGAGCUUGUGGCUUCCCGUAGUAACUUAUACCUCACACUUGUAAGCUUUUUCCAACAGUAAUUUUUUAUCUGCUCCUGAUUCACAACAAUUUGAAUGUAGAAAUAGUCAGAAAUUCAAUUGUAAGCGCAAUUUUCUUUAAAUGUGUGAUUCAUAAUCAGAAAAAUGCCACAAGAGCAUGAUAAAAACACAAAAACAGGAUUUUCAUCGGAGUGGGUCUUCAAUCAUUUGUUGUAGAAAGGUUGUUUAGUGAUUCAAAUUCAAAUGGAUGCCAAAGAAUUUAGGGUGAUGCAUGAUUGCUACUUCCAACCCCUUUGGCAGCACUUUUUCCUGAACACUUCUUUAUUUUAUUAAUAAAGGACUUUGCUUUUAUGCCCUCCA